AUGAGUGGACAAGUGGGUGACCUGAGCCCAUCCCAGGAGAAGUCACUGGCUCAGUUUCGGGUCAAUGUCCAGGAUGUGCUAUCUGCCUUGCCCAAUGCUGAUGACUCCUUCCUCCUGCGCUGGCUCCGAGCUCGGAGCUUUGACCUGCAAAAAUCAGAGGACAUGCUGCGGAAGCACAUGGAGUUCCGGAAGCAACAAGACCUGGACAACAUCCUUGCAUGGCAGCCUCCUGAGGUCGUCAAGAUAUACGGCGCUAAUAGCAUCUGUGGCCAUGACCGUGAGGGUGGCCCCCUCUGGUACCACAUCGCAGGAAGCCUGGACGUCAAGGGCCUCUUCCUCUCCGCCUCCAAACAGGAUCUGCUCAGGGACAAGUUCCAGAACUGUGAGCUGCUCCUGCACCAAUGUGAACUGCAGACUCAGAAGUUGGGAAAGAAGGUGGAGAAAAUCACAGCCAUUGUUGAUUUGGAGGGGCUGAGCCUGCGGCAUUUGUGGAAGCCAGGAGUGGAGUUUGCUCAGGAGUUUCUCUCUGCACUCGAGGCAAAUUACCCUGAGAUUUUGAAGCAUAUAAUUAUUGUGAGACCCCCUAGCCUGUUUGCUGUGGCCUUCAACCUGAUUAAGUCCUACAUGAGUAAGGAGACAAGCAGGAAGGUGGUGAUUCUGGGAGACAACUGGAAGCAGGAGCUGUCAAAGUUCAUCAGCCCCGACCAGCUGCCUGUGGAGUUUGGAGGGACUCUAACUGAUCCAGAUGGCAACCCCAAGUGCAUAACUAAGAUCAACUACGGGGGUGAGGUGCCCAAGAGCUACCACCUGUGCAAGCAGGUGAGGAUGCAGUAUGAGCACACAGUGACCGUGGGCCGUGGCUCCUCCCAGCACGUGGAGAAUGAGAUCCUGUUCCCAGGCUGUGUGCUCAGGUGGCAAUUUGCAUCAGAUGGUGGAGACAUUGGCUUUGGGGUUUUCCUGAAGACCAAGAUAGGGGAGCGGCAGAGCGCUGGGGAGAUGACAGAGGUGCUGCCCAGCCAGCGCUACAAUGCCCACCUGGUGCCUGAGGAUGGGAGCCUCACCUGCCUCAAGACUGGUGUCUAUGUCUUAAGGUUCGACAACACCUACAGCCUGGUUCAUUCUAAACACAUCAGCUACACCGUGGAAGUGCUACUCCCAGACCAAACCUUCAUGGAAAAGGUGGAGAAAUUCUAGGCAAACCUUUCGGUUCCACAUCCUCCUCUUUGAUCUCUGAAUCCUCAGUGAGUUCAUGGCCUUCCCUGGUCAGACCCCUGUCCAACCUCUCCAAAAAUAGGGAUCCCACUCUAGCAGGUUGCAGCCUUGCCAUCACAACUGGCCUGUUCCUCAGGAGCUGUUGGGGUGGUGGUCUAGUGGAGGCCAGGUGGCCCAACAAAGCAACAUAGAUAUUCUAUCCUUACUCCUAUCUCCUACGACCUUGAACUCUGAAUCAAAAACCCCAGGCCUUUUUCUAUGAACUGAUACUGAGAAAUGAGUUGCCAUUCUAAAAUAAAGUAUAUCAGUAGAAAAUUGGAGGUAUAGUGGGAUGAAAAGAUUGAUAAAUGAUUUUCAUUGAAAAACUAGUUUAGUUUUUCAAUGAGGGGUGUAGUUCAGUGGUACAGUGCUUGCCUAGCAGACACAAAGCCCUGGAUUCAAUCCCCAGCACUAUAUAUAUAUAUAUGACUCAGUUCUGAUAAGGGGAGAUGCUAUAACAUGGUAGACAACAUUUUCAGCCAUGAGAUGUAAAGAAAGGAAAAAACUCGAGCCAAGAGCAUUUAUUAUGACCUCAAUGGGGAGGAAUGGGCCAGGUAGGGCAAGCAGGCUUAUGAUUUGCUAGUCUGAAUACUUUUAGCAUACUCUUGAGUACAAUCCUUAAUCAUCUGGUACGUGGUCCUGGUCCUGGGAUAAUUAAGGCAGAUGGAUAGUGGCCCAGAGAGUGAGAGCCUGGGAAAGGAGAUGGUUGGAAUGUGAGCUUAUAUCACUUGGUUUGUAUUUGGAAAGCUUGCUUGUGAACAUGUUGUUUACUCUCUAGGAAUUGGUUAACACUUGGAGGGACAGUCCUUCCAGGGUCAACAAGGCCCCAGGUAUCAAUGCAUCAGAAUAUUGAACAUGGAUUACAUGAUUAACACAGUUACCCAUCAAGUGGUUGAACAAUCAGCUUCUAAUGCAAAUCCAACCUCACAGUUUUCCCAUUUAGAAAGAAUUUUGGAAGUCAAUUCCAUCUUCCAUAUAUAUUCUCACUCCCAGUGUUACGGCCUCUGAAAAAUUUUCUACCCUCUGGGUCUCCAAGCUUCUGAUUGCAAUUUUAGCCUAAGUCUGAAACUCAAUGAGUGUGAGGUCCCACAGUGCUACUAGGAUAGCAUUGUCCUGCCAUCAAGCCUCUUUGCCUCUGGCAGUGCCGUGCCAUUAACAGAGAUUCUGACCAAGCAUCACUCCUGCUGCCACUGCUGUGUGCACAAUGUUGCCCUAGCUUGUCCUAAUGUCCAGUCAUUUGUCAAAGUAUUUCCCUAAUUGGUCAUUUUCCAGAAAUUCUGGCCCCAAAUGGAAAUGUGGCCCUUCAGAAGGCCUUAUUCUCAGUGAUUCCACAUUGGCUCACCAUCUACCCUUACUUAACAAUCUACUGCAAAAUUUUGACAGCAAGUUUACUUAGUGGAUUCUGAAAUCUGAUGCCUGGUUCCUUUAUCUUCCUUGAUUCUGAUAUGCUCAUACCCACCAUAUUCCCCUGCACAGAUGGCACCAAGGAGCAGGGCACAUGCCUGGGGGCUGCAACCUAGCUGUUGAAGGGAGGGCACUGGGAGGCAAAGGUGAAGACAGAAAGGUCUCUCUGCCUCUGGCCCUUUGGCCCCAUGAUCUGCUCCAGCCCCACAACUUCCACAGGUUGAUGGCUAGUGCUCACAACUGGUCCUGACUACUUCCUCUCCCUCCCACUAUCCUCCAACCCAAAGCCUCCACUCAGCCUUCACCAGCCCUCAUCCCUAUCUUUGCUCAAUCUGUCCUUCUACCCAAAAGACCCACUGUUUCCCACUGUCCAAAUUUUCUGAUUCAGCAAUUCAAUUAUGCUGAAUCAGAAUUAGGAUGCACAGGUGACCUAUAAUUUGAACCGGUGAGAUUCUCCCUUUUCAACUGCUCAAUUCAUUGAGCUUUGACAAGCACAUACAUACCGCCACCAUAAAUGACAUGUUGAGCAGCUCUGCCACCCCCUCAAUUCCCUCACGCUUCUCCUUUGGAGUCAGACCCUCCUCUUACCCUACCUUGAGCAACCAUUGAUCUGUUCUUUAUCUCUACAGUUCUGAAUUUCCCAGAAUGCAAAAUAAAUGAGAUCAUUUGAUAUAUGUUUUUUUUUUGAUAUGCUUUUCACUCACCAUGAUACCUAUGAAAUUUAAACACGCUGUUGUAUACACAAGUGAUCGACUCUUUUUUGCAACUGAGCAGUAUUCCAUUGUGUGGAUAUAUAUGUGAAUGUACGAUGCUACUUAUCCAUUCUCCAGUUGAAGGCUAGUUGACUUGUUUCCAAUCUGGUGUGAUUAUUAAAAAAGCUGCUGUAAGCAUUCAUAUUUAGUUUUUUUUUUCAUGAUUGAAAGUUUUU